AUGGACGCUUCUACGGACACUCCAACAUCGACCCCCGAUUUCGACCCGUUCCACCAAUCCUUUACAAUCCUCUUUCCUGACGGGACCCCGUUCAACUUCACCGUAGAUGACAUCAAUGCCUACACCCAAUACGGCAUUCGUAUCACCAUCAACUUCAGCUCCCAGAUCGGAGCAUGCUUGAUGGUGCUCGUAGUCCUCCUGAUGCUCACGAAGCAGGAGAAGCGCCGAUCGCCAAUCUUCAUACUCAAUGCACUGGCACUGGCCUUGGGCGUUAUUCGGAACGUACUCUUGUGCAUGUACUUCACCGGUCCAUGGUACCAUCCCUACGCCGUCUUCGCCCUGGACUACUCCCGCGUGCCGCAAACCCAAUAUGGCAUCUCGAUCACCAGCUCAACCUUGACUCUUCUGGUCCUGAUCCUAGUGGAGAUAUCUCUGAUCCUCCAAAUCCGCGUCAUGUGCGUGACGGCUACCUCCGUGUUACGCUUCUGGAUCGCAGUUCUGUCAAUCACGAUGGCGAUGAUAGCGAUCGGCUUCCGCUUUGCCUACACAGUCCUGAACGCAAUCGCCAUCCGCGCCGUGGAGAGCUUUACGAAAUACGAAUGGCUCGGCAGCGCGACAAACAUCACCGCGACCAUCAGCAUCUGCGUCUUCUCCGCCAUCUUCACAGCCAGGCUGGGCCUCGCGAUCCGCCAGCGGAAACGACUGGGCCUGCACCAGUUCGGGCCCAUGCAGAUCCUCUUUGUUAUGGGCUGCCAGACGAUGGUUAUUCCUGCAUGCUUCUCUCUGCUCCAGUACAUCGCCAACGAAAGCGAAGUCCCGUACUUUUCUGCGCAGGUCCUCACCGUUGUCUCCAUCUUCCUGCCGCUGUCCUCGUUGUGGGCUUCGGCAUCCCUUGGUGACAAUAGCAAAGCGUCAAAUGGUCCGGACGCGCAUCGCACGCUUCUUAAAGACGAUACUAGCCACGGCACGGGCGGCAGUGCUGGGGGCAAGGCCUCGUUGACUACGGACACGACGGCCUCGAGGGCGUCGACCUUGCCGCCCAGCAAGGCGCGCAAGGCGGAUGAUGAUCUGGAGGCUGGUGAUGGGGGUUUGCUUGCUCACACGUCGUCGAAUCUUGCGAAAGAGAAGCAUUAA